GAUAAGCAGAUGUUUUUUCUACGAGAUCUCGAUGGCGAAUAGACGUUUUGUAAAUAUUUUAUUACCUUCAUGCAAUAGCUUUAUCCAAGAUUUUACAUUAUUAAAACGAAGGAUAAUCAAUAAGAGUUACUUCACUUAUUCUCAAAAUCCUAAUCACUAUCCAAGAAAACAAAGUAAAUGGACUUCUGCGGAAGAAGCUGUCUCUGUAAUUAAAUCUGGUGAUAGAAUAUUUAUCCAAAGCGUAACUUCAACUCCCCAGAAACUUGUAACAGCAAUGAUGCAACAUGCCACAACUUCAGAACUCAAAAAUCUUACCACGUACUUAUUCUAUAUUCACGAUGACGUAGAAUAUCUAAAACCAGAAUACAAAGGUAUAUUUUCUUGCAACAUAUUUUUUGUUAGUCCAAGUACUCGCGAUGCUGUAAAUACCGGUAAAGCUCAUUAUGUACCCAUAUUCAUCACGGAUAUUCCAUUAUUCCUUCACCAGCAACCUGUUGAUGUUGCAUUGGUUCACGUAUCACCACCGGAUGAACGUGGUUUCUGUAGUUUGGGAGGUUGCGUAGAAUCUACCAGAGCUGCAAUAGAAACAGCCAAAUGUGUUAUAGCACAAGUCAAUUCUUACCAAAUUAAAACCUUUGGUGACAGUCAAGUUCACGUCAACUGCUUUGAUUUCUUAGUAGAAGGGCAUCAUGAGUUACCACAAGUACAACUGAAGCAGUAUUCAGAAACUGAUUUAAAAAUAGGAAAAUUACUUGCGGAUAAUCUAGUAGAUGAUGGUUCAACACUCCAGACAGGUGUUGGAUCUCUUCCCGACGCCAUAUUGGCUUCGCUUAAUCAACACAGGAAUUUGGGUUUUCAUACCGAAAUGUUCAGUGAUGGAGUUGUCGAUCUAUUUAACUCUGGUGCCAUUACUAAUCGAUUUAAAACCGUUAUUCCAAGAAAGAUAGUUACGUCUUUUACUAGAGGAACUAAGAAACUUUAUGAUUUUUUAAAUAACAACGUAUGUGUCGAGAUGAGGGAUAUCAGUUUCACUAACAACACAGGAGUGAUCGCUUCCAAUCACAAAAUGGUGGCCAUUAAUUCAUGCAUCGAGAUUGAUUUAGCUGGAGAAGUUGCAGCCGACUGUAUUGGAUCUUAUAUUUAUUCAGGAUUUGGAGGUCAGGUAGACUUUUUAAGAGGAACUGCUGAAAGUUUAGACAGAAAGGGAAAGCCCAUAAUCGUUUUACAUUCGAGGACUAAUAAAGGACAAGCCAAAAUCGUACCUCAUUUAAAACCUGGAUCGGCAGUUGUGUCCACGCGUGGCCACGUCCAUUACGUAGUUACAGAAUAUGGAAUUGCUAAUCUUUUCGGCAAGACUCUAAGACACAGAGCUUACGAAUUAAUUCGAAUUGCUCAUCCGGAUGACAGAGAAAAGUUAGAAACAGCAGCAUUUGAUAGAUUCAAAUGCAUGCCUUCACCUUGAUCAAAAAAUCAAGGAUUAUGGAUGCUUUGCUAAACAUUUUGAUAAAUAACAAUGAUUAGAAACGUUGAAUGAGGAUUAUAAUGGUAAUAGAGUUUCAGAGAAGUGAAUUUCAAUUUCGUUUCUUCAAUUCUUUGGUUCCUCAUUGCAAAUCUUUUAGAGAAAUCGGGAAACUUUUAUUUUUUUAAUUCCUUUAAUUAAAGAAUCGAGUUGAAACAGCGAAUCGUAUGUAUUUGAUUCUUCUGUCCAAUGUCUUCAGAAUUUGAAUUCAUUUAUCAAGUUUAAAUUAAAUUUUCAUUACCAAAUUCAAGGGGAUAGGUAUUCAGAUAAAUAGAAUUAAUAGAAGUAAAUGGCAUAUAAUGAAAUAAGAUAAUAUAAAUUAAAAUAAUAUUGAAAGAAUGUGACAAUAAAGAACAAUAGUGUUCUGGAUACAGAAAUUUCAGAAAUCUUCGACAAAAGGCACAGGAGUUAUUAUGCUUCGAAUUGGGUAAACAAAAUCGUGCCUCAAUCCACACACAACAUCCAUAUAUUCACGAAAAACCAUUAUUUUUUGUAUUUUUUGGUGUUUCAAGUCCCUCAAAGUCCAAAAAUGAAAAAAAAAAAUAUGGCCAUACUUUACUCUGUUAUAGUAGUCGGGAAAGUAACAACCGAAUGAAACUUUAUGGAUCUUCGUGAUGCCGUGAGAAGAAUAACAGUUGUAAUUCUCUAUAUAGGCUACAAUUAUGCUAUAUUAAAUUCCAUUUUUUAAAUUCGUAAGCGAUUUUAAAUGAUAUUUUGAGAAAAUUUAACAAGAUUAUUUCCGAAAUUGAUGCAUUGCAAAGCGUUAUUUCUAAGUAUGGUACAUUGUAUUUCUUUUCUCUGUUUCGUAAGUAUAAAUGAAGAAGACAAAGAAUAGAAAAUAGAAUGUCCUAUCGGCAAUUUUUAUGUAUAAAUUUUCACCUUAAUUAAAAUUCACAAUAAAUAAAAUUUCGAUUUUGUCCUAAACGUUUAUACUAAAGCCUCAGUCAUUUUGGCGUUGAAUUUGGUGCAGACUGCAACAGAUUCAACAUAUCAGGCAUACAAUAGGGUACCAGACACACAAUACGAGAAACUGGAUCCUAUUUGGGUGUUAGACACGUGAAGAAAACAGGAAAAUGCCACAUGGCAGCUCGUUAGGCACACCAAAUGCUAGUGAUCAUUUGUAUUAUCCAGUAGGCAACGGUGAGCUGAAAGAGAAAAUUUAAUUUGUUAAAUAAGAAGAAUAAUUAAAACGAUAAAAAUUCAAUAACAAAUUCUUUAUUAAUCUGAUAUAGAGGAUAAAUCUUAUCUCGAUGAUAAUAAUAAUCAGCCGUCCCAUAUUCCACUUGAUAUAAAGUAUUUUAUUCAAUAAUAAUUUAACGGAAAGGAAUGAAAUUUCCAAACCAUCCUAACGUGUAAAUGAAUAUAUUCAAGCUGAUAUUGACGAGCAGAAGAACCAUUUUUCUAAGAUUCUU